AAAGACGGAGGAGGAGAACAGAAAGACGGAGGAGGGGAACAGAGUUUCAUAAGAGAAAAACUGUUCUUUUUUUUAGGCUUCACACAUUGGUUAAUCAUAUUAUCGAUACUCAUUAGCGAAGAAUUGGUCGAAGGGAGAACGAUUCCAAACUCGAUAAACAACGAAAUAAUCAAAUCUAUUAAGGUUGAAAAUGAUGAGAUCAUCGAUUGUUACGAUAUCUACAGACAACCUAGUCUUAAUCAUCCAUUGCUUCGUAAUCAUACAAUACAGAUGAAACCAAAUUUAUACUCGAAAGGAACGAAAUCUGGUAAUUUGGGAACACUUCGACUCACACAAACUUGGCAUUAUUAUGGAUCAUGCCCAAAAGGAACUAUCCCCUUACGGAGAAAAGGGAAAAAUCAUAAUCCAGCACAUUCACGUAAUGCAUCACAAAGAAGCAAUUUCGAAGAAAUUCACGAGUACGCGAUAGUUGAGGCACGAGGCAAUUUUCUAGGAGCACAAGCAAAAAUAAAUCUUUGGAAACCGGCUGUUGAAAUGCAAGCUGAAAUAAGUGUAUCCCAAAUCUGGGUUACAGCUGGUGAUGGAAAAGAAACUAUUGAAACCGGAUGGAUAGUUGAUCCACUUGUUUAUGGUGAUUAUGAGACCAGGUUCUUCGUAUUUUGGACGGCGGAUGGAUACAAUAAAUUAUUUUGUUAUAACGACGAAUGUGAUGCUUUUGUACACACAUCAUCAAGUAUCGGCCUUGGAUGCAGUUUCACCGAGUUGUCAACUUUAAAUGGAGACCAAAAGGAUGCCACCUUCAGUAUUCACAAGGAUCAAAGUAGUGGACAUUGGUGGGUACAAUUACAAGGUGAACCGGUCGGUUAUUAUCCAAGUUCUCUCUUCACUGAAUUAUCAAAGAAA